GCGCACCGAGCCGUUGCGUUUGCGUUUGAAACCCACAGAAGGAAUUCCGCCGCUCGACGGCGAAGGUGUGGGAACCACUGGCAAGCAAACUGGUGGGAGCCGCCGGGCCCAGCCUGCCCUGCCUAGUCAGCGCGCUCUUAAGCCGCCGGGCCCUUCCGGGUGCCCACCCCGCAGCGCGGCGCUGCCGGAACAGGGGUCUGCUGUGGGCCGGGGCCGGAGGGCUGUGGGCCCAUCCACACACGCCUCACCUCCUCUUUCCGGGGGCGGCAGAGCAGCAGCGGGAGAACUGGGGCAGGAGGGGCAGGUCGAGAGAAAAGCGGGAACUGGGCCGGGGGCGGAGGGGAGGUGGGCCGGGCCGUUGACGCUCGCUCUGCGCGGGGUUCCCUGGGAACGCCCAGGCGAGCGUCUCCUGCGGGGCCCCGCCCCCAGAGCGCCUAGUGAGGUCCCAGGCCCGCACCCAGCCCUCCGCGGCGCUUAGCGGGCGAGCAUGGGCUGAGCCCAGGCGCCGCAAGGUGUCACGGCGGCGUCGCCAGGGGGCAGUGCCAGGGACUGUGGGGAGAGCCAGCCUCCCCCUCCAGCUGUUCCCAGAUGUCAUUCUGCCCGCCCAGGCGCCUGGUUCCUGAUCUCCGGGGCAUUCCACGGUUCCUAAGCUACUGGUUUUUGUUGACUUUUAAAUAUUUUCUUCUGAGGGAGACGGGGAGGGGGGCAAAAGUCAGGGAAGAGCAAGUAGAAACAAAUCAAACUAAGCCCCCCUCCCCAAAAGAAAGCUGUCCUCCACCCACCCCUGCCACAGAAAUCAAAGGCCUCUGAACCUAACCACCUUGCUGGAGCGACAGCCAGACAGAACUGACCCACUUCUGCCAAGCGCCAUCCUCCUCUCCCUGUCCGGUGAAUGAGGGGUGGUGGCGGAUGUCUUCCAGCCCUGGGUGGACAGAGGGGCUUCCAGAAAGAGAGGAGAAGGAUGGCCAGUGGGAAUGGGCUUCUUUCGUCCUCGGCCCUGGUGGCCAAGCGCCCCUGCGCCCUGGGCCCAUUCCCCAGAUACAUCUGGAUCCACCAGGACACACCCCAAGACAGCCUAGACAAGACUUGCCAUGAAAUCUGGAAGAGGGUUCAGGGCCUGCCUGAGGCCUCACAGCCCUGGACCUCCAUGGAGCAUCUCUCUGUCCCCAUGGCUGGACCUAUAGGAGACCAUGAGCUCAGCUUCCAAGAAGAAGCUCUGGAGCUCAGCAGUGACAAAGAUGAGAUCUCCCUGUUGGUAGAACAGGAGUUCCUGAGCCUCACCAAAGAGCACUCGAUCCUGGUCAAAGAGAGCUCUGAAGAGCUGGAGGCACCCGGCAGCUCUCCCGAGGGGACCAGAGAGCUGGCUCCCUGCAUUCUUGCCCCUCCUGGAGUGGCAGACAGUAAUGAGUGCCCCAGAGCCUCCAUCAUUGUCGGCGACAAGCUUCCCAAGCAGAAGAUGGCCACAUCCAUUAAUGGCAGCAGACAGGACUGUGAUUCUGCCAUGUCUGCUGUCACAGACAUUCUGCGUGCCACCAAGGUCAAGAGCUGCAAGGGGACAGAUGACAGGGACUGCAUCCUGGGUGCCUCCAACUUGGAGGUCAGCAAGCUUCUGGCCCAGUUCCCACUAAAGUCCACUGAGGCAUCCAAGGCCCCUGAUAACAAGAAGGUGCUGGAGGAGACAAAGGUCAUCAAGGACUUCCUACAGAACAACAUGUUCAGUGGCCCUGGGCUCAGGGAGCCCAUGGGGCUGAGUCCAUUUCUGCUGCCACCUCCCCCACCUCCUCCUGCACCCCCUGACAAGCUCCCUGAGCUCUUUGCUCAGAAGAGGCAGCUCCCAGUGUUUGCCAAGAUCUGCUCCAAGCCAGAGGCUGACCCUGCUGUGGAGAGGCACCACUUGAUGGAAUGGAGCCCUGGCACCAAGGAGCCAACAAAGGGUCGAGAGAGCCUAUUUCUCAGCCAGUGGCCCCAGAGCCAGAAGGACACCUGUGGUGAGGAGGGUGGCUGUGACCCAGUGGGCACCACGUCACUUCCCCUGCCACCCAAGAAACCUGCAUGUCCAGCUGAGAAGAACCUACUCUAUGAGUUCUUUGGGGCCACCAAGAACCCAAGCGGGCAGCUGAAACUUCGAAACAAAGUGGAAGUGGAUGGGCUGGAGCUGAAAGUUAACACACCUGUGACAGUUGCUGACAAGAACAACCUGAAGCACACAGGGAAUGUUUUCACUCCACACUUUGCUACAGCCUUGACCUCAGCAACCCUGAACCAGCCAUUCUGGCUCAACCUGAACUAUCCACCUCCACCAGUGUUCACGAACCCCUCCACCUUCCUGCAGUAUCAGGGCCUGUACCCACAGCAGGCAGCGAGGAUGCCCUAUCAGCAGGCUUUGCAUCCCCAGCUGGGAUGUUACUCCAGACACGUGAUGCCAUGCAACCCACAGCAGAUGGGACAGCAGAUCUUCCGCUCUUCCUACACCCCACUAACAAGCUACACCCCUUUUGUCCAGCCCAAUUAUCCCUACCAUCAGAGGACACCUCCAAAGAUGUCUGCCAACCCCCGAGACCCUUCCCCCAUGGCAGGAGAUGGACCCCAGUACCUCUUUCCCCAAGCAUAUGGGUUCGGCUCAACAUCUGGAGGUCCCGUGAUGCACAGCCCCUAUUUUUCCUCCAGCGGGAAUGGCAUAAACUUUUAGAUCGCCUUCUCUUCUCCCUUCUCCUCCCUUAGCCCUUGGAUCAGGACUAAGGGCUCUGAAUUUCUGGGUUCUGCAAAAGCCUAAUAUGAAGUUUGGAAAGGCAAGGUUUCGACCAGGUCACAGACAAAACAGCAAGACCAGAUUCAUCUAUUGGCCAACACCAACACACAAAUAGCCCCCUCGCACAUGGCACAAGCUACACACACACACACACACACACACACACACACUCUCUUCAUAUUCAUACUUACUUGCUCAACCACUUAUGCAUCUGUAUUUAGCUAACAUGAGUGAUUUUUGUUUUUGUUGUUGUUGGUAAAAUAGAAGUAAGACACUUAAUUUUAGAAAGUUUGUAUUUUAUGAUAAAACUAUGAGCUGCUUGAAA